AUGGAGACCUGCUGCGCCAUUACAGCUGCCGAGGACCUUGUGGGCGACCAGAUUGUCCCGGGCGGCAGCCGUUGGGGCGCACCACACACCAGCGGCAUCCUCGAUUCCUGGUUUCAGAUGCAGACAUCUGAGCUAGAGUCGCUGCUCUGCAAGCAAGAGGGUGCUUCUCUUGCGCCCGCCCACAUGGACCUUUUCGACGGUGGACCUUCUUCCCGAGAUGAUGCAUUCCUCCGUCCUGCGCUAUGGGAGGAUAUCGCCUCUUCCAUCAGAAAUAUUGACCCUGAAAAUGCAAAUAUGCUCGCCCCACUUGGAGCUACUCACGUCAAGCUUGAGGCUGAUGAUCCUUUGCUUGAGGAGUGCGCUACACCACUUCUCAGUCCACUCGAAAUUAAGACGGAGAGAUUAUGCGCACCACCAACGUACACACACCCUCAGCCACCUCACCAGCAGCCUCAGCAUCAACCUGCAACUUCCUUCGCUAAAUACCCGCCUUCAAGACUGGUGUACAUGUCCCCAUUAACGCCUCCCGGCUCCGACCAAGGCAGUCCAGGAAACUCCAUGCAGGGCGGCCCACGACGGACGCCCCCGCCGCCCUACCACCCCCCACCUUUGCUCCGAGCGCCUCACGCACCCCACGGGCCCCACUCCGUCAAAUACAACAGGCGGAACAAUCCCGAGCUCGAGAAGAGAAGAGUGCACCAUUGUGACUUCAUUGGAUGCACAAAAGUUUACACCAAGAGUUCACAUCUAAAAGCUCAUCAACGUAUACAUACAGGUGAAAAACCAUACACCUGCCAGUGGCCAGAGUGCGAAUGGAGAUUCGCGCGUUCGGACGAGUUAACGCGUCACUACCGCAAGCACACCGGCGCUAAGCCGUUUAAAUGCGCAGUUUGUGAACGCUCCUUUGCCAGAUCGGAUCACCUCGCGCUGCACAUGAAACGACACCUGCCCAAGUCUUCUAAAUGA